CUCUAUAUCGACGACCCCCGCAAGAACUCGCUGCAUCUGGACAACUUUCAGGCCAUUCCUCCUGAUUUCCAUAUACGAGAAGAAGUAUUUCUAUUUUUGCGGGGCAUGGCAUCCACCAAGGCUGCCCGUUUGGGCGAGGAAGUAUGGAAAACACGCGUAGAUAAGGUCAGCGCCGAGCUUGUUACCCUGACCUAUGGUACCAUUGUUGCUCAGUUGUGCAAAGACUACGAGUUCAACUAUCCGGAGGUGAACAAGCAGCUGGAUCGCAUGGGCUACAACAUUGGCUUGCGUCUGAUUGAAGACUUCCUCGCAAAAUCGAGCGCUCCUGCCUGCACCAAUUUCCGCGAAGUAGCAGAGAUGAUCUCGAAAGUCGGCUUCAAGAUCUUUCUAAACGUCACUCCUACAAUCACGAACUGGUCCAGUGACAACAAGCAAUUCUCACUUGUCUUUGAGGAGAACCCGCUGGCGGACUUUGUAGAGCUCCCAGACGACGGGCGUGCACAAGAUGAGCUAUGGUUCUCCAACAUCCUCGUCGGUGUUUUGAGAGGAGCGCUGGAGAUGGUUCACAUACAAGUGGAGGCGCAUUUCAUCAGCGACGUCUUGCGAGGCAAUGAUACGACAGAGAUGCGGAUAUCCUUGAUUCGCUACAUGGACGAUGAAAUGCCACCCGAUGACGAAUGAACAAGGAAAGGCUAUGGUAUACCCUAACUCGGUUGAACUUUCAAUUUUACCUGCAUGGGAUGGCGUCGAGGUGUAUAGGAUCCCACAAUAGAACAAUGACCUGAUGUGAAAAAGUGCACACAGUGGCAAUGGGCAGCGGAUGGUGAAUGCCUACUACAAUGGAAAAAAGUGCACAUCUCGGUGUGUGGUACGCCAAGACGUCUGCCUGUACCACAUCCGCUCGCACCCUGUUGUCACAUUGCACUUGGGUAGGUUGGGAUUCGCGGAAGGUGCAAAAUCAGCACGGCACAUGCAACAAAAUAUCGAGCAGUAAUUUGCACACAAGACGCAGUGUUCGAGUUGGGCCCAUGGAUCAAUUGCAGCUGAGCGUGCAAUGGUGAUGGUCGACGUGUUCGUGAUGAUGUGAUUU